CCGAUUGGUCAGAAAUGUCAUAAACGUAGCUUGGGCCCCUCCCCAAUUUAUACUCUCGUUCCCCCUGGAUACGACCGUGUGCAGCGCGCCUGCGCAGAGCGGUGCGUGUGUGUGCUGAGAGGCGGAGCUUGUGGCAGCGCAGGUCCGGAUACAAGCGGUUUUAUCCCUCCGCCUCCUUUCUUCACCGGUUGUAGCAGUGACCGCCGUCCUACCGGCCCGCCGGAGCGUCUCUGUGAGAUAUGGCUCGAGGACAUCAGAAGAUCCAGUCGCAACAGAAAAAUGCCAAAAAGCAAGCGGACAUGAAGAAGAAACAAGGGCACGACCAGAAAGCCGCCGCCAAAGCCGCUCUAGUAUACACCUGCGCUGUCUGUCGGACACAAAUGCCAGAUCCCAAAACCUUUAAGCAGCACUUUGAGAGCAAACAUCCGAAGGUUCCCCUACCUCCAGAACUGGUUGGUGUUGAAGCAUAAAGUAAAAGGGAAUUCCUUCACUGUACCGACUGUUCUCAGGUGGUUGAUCGGAAAGGGGCUCUAGAAACCACCACGUUUUUAUGCUGUUCCCUUCGCGGGGGUUCACACGGAAACCUCUAAAUGUACAGUUAUUUACUAAUUUGUAAAUCUCAAAGUUGGGCAAUUCUCAAAUUUUUACAGUUGUAAUUAUAUUGAUUUGAUGUCCAUAAUGUGUAUAAUUUGUUCAAUAAAAGUAGUACCUUGAUUUUACAGACUGUCUUGUUAAA